GCGGCUCCGGCAGACAUGGCGGCGGCGCGGGGGCAGCAGCGCACGGGCGAUGUGUGCAGAGCUCCGAGGUCUGCAUCAGCCACAGACGGACUCUCUGCAGCUUCCUACCUGGACUACCCAACGCACAAACCCUUUAUCAACUCCGACUUGCUGCGCUCCCCGCAGAAACCUGUGGUUCCUUAUCCUGAGAGUAACAGCAGAGCAAUAUUUUCUGCCCUGAGGAACCUUCAGGAGAAAAUCCGUCGGCUGGAGUUGGAACGGCUUCAGGCAGAGGAGAAUGUCAAACACCUCAGCAGAGAAACAGCAGACUACAAGAAAGUACUGAGUGAGCAAAUGCAGCACAGAGAGCGCGACAGAACUGAAGUGUCAAAGAGAAAUCAAGAACUGGCUUCUCAGCUGGCAGCUGCUGAGUCUCGGUACAGCCUGUUAGAGAAGCAGCUGGACUACAUGAGAAAAAUGAUCCAGCAUGCGGAAAGGGAGAAGACGCAGCUCUUGGAGAAGCAGGAUUCGUUGGAGAGAGAACGGCUUGAUCAGUCACAUGUUCAGUCAAAACUGGAGAAGCUGGAUAUGUUGGAGAAAGAGUACACCAGGCUUACUACAAUGCAAUCCAUAGCAGAGAAAAAAAUGAAAGAGCUGGAACAGAAACUUCAGGAGGAAGAGCACGCAAGGAAGCUUGUUCAGGAAAAAGCAGCUGAGCUUCAGACAGGCCUGGAAACCAACAGACUGUUGAUUCAAGCAGCAUCACCACUGCUUUCUCCAAAAGCAAGAAAACCCAGGAAAAAAACUAAGCAGCCAGAGAAGAAAUGCUCUCUUACAAGCCAUCUCACUACGCAGCCCCAUUACAGACUGUGUCUGGGUGAUGUACCCUUUGUAGCUGGGAAGUCUACAAGUCCCAGCCAUUCAGUUGGUGCCAACGUACAGCACGUCCUACACCUGAUGAAGCACCACACAAAGGCUUUGUGCAACAGUCGUGUGGUGAAUGAUACUCCGCUAGCAAAGUCCAUCAGUGCGGGUCGUCCUGGCAGCAGAAGCAGAAAGCCACCUCUGCCAAAGGACUAUUCUUCAUCGCAGGAAGAGCUCUCAGAAGUCCUGCUGACUUUACAGGAUGAGUUUGGGCAGAUGAGUUUUGAUCACCAGCAGCUGUCUAAGCUUGUCCAGGAAGCUCCAACCAUUGCAGUAAGGGAAGAUCUGGAGCGGGAACUGGAGGCACUAGUGGGAAAGAUGGAGGCAAAGGCAGACCAGAUCAGCAAAGUCCGAAGGCAUUGGCUGCAGCUAGAGAGACUUAAAAGAGAAUACAAGUCCAAAAAGGCUUCUGCUAAACACAAAAAAGACAACAAGUUCCCUGUGAGUGAGGUUAAAGUAACAACGACAGUAACCACCAAAGGAAAGGAUGCUGGUCCCAUCAAAGUGAAACCUGGAGAGAAGAGCCGUAAAAACCUUCAGUUGUUGAGAGACAUGCAGACCAUACAAACCUCACUACAGAAGGACGAUAUCAGCUGGGACUACUGACUGUUGUGCGGGAGAUGUUUUUGAAACCAUCCCAGUCACGUUCUGGAUAUAAAGCAGCUGCCAUUCUUGCCAUGUGAGAGACUACUGUAUGCCAAGUGUGGUUUUGAAAUGGAGGUCCUUAAUUCCUCCAUCUGUGGGUGAUUGUAUGGUCUAGUUUAAAACUCAUUCCACGUUUUAAAGUAUCUGGCCACUGGAUCUAAACGUGGGUUUCUACCAUUUCCCCUUGUGUUAGGAUUCCAGCAGUCCCUCCCUUCUCUCGAUCAGCAUGCCAAACAACACUCUUUACGUGGGUUGGCUUGUGUGAAAUGCCACUGUGAUAUCACACUGCUGUGGAACUCCUGUGCUUUGGGAGGCUUCUUCAGAUGCAUCCUCUAGAAGAUAACAGCAGGUCCUCAAGUCUUGAGGGCUUCUGUCUGUUUUGUUUUGUGCCCAGCUGCAGUUAUUCAAACUGUGAUUGUAAAAGGGAGAACAGGUAAACUCCUUCAGAAGUAUUUUUCUGUAGUUCUCCUCAAAAAGCUUUCCUAGUUCUGCAUGUUCCAUUAGUCAGCAUUAAUGGCAGUGGAUGCUUAAGUAUGCAGAAGUGACUUCACAAAUUAUUUUGCUUUAAUGAUGGAAUUGCUUUCAUUCUGAAGGGUGAAAUAUUUCUUCAGAGCUCAUACUUAAUGAAAAGGCUAUAGGAUAUGGGGUUAAUAUCCCUUCUUGUCCAUGGCUUUGGGUGGUAAGGGACAGAGAUAAAAUGUCUUUUAAAUUGCAAAUGCCAAGUCACGCUAUUUGGUCCUGGCAUCUUGCUUUUAACUUGAAAUAUGUGCUUUAAUGAGAGGUCUAUUUUGGUAGUAGUGCAAUUCAUUUUGCACUCACACAGCUGAGUAAAUGUUAUUUAUUAUGUUAAUAAUGUGAAGAAUUUCCUAUUAAUGCAUAGAAGACCAAGGUUGUCUGUUUAUACAGUUGAAAAAUAAUAAAGCUAGCUCACCUGUUGAAUGAA